AUGGCGCUUCAGCUUCUAACUUUCAUUCUCCUUUUUGGGAGCUCAUUGUGGCUACAAUCAGUCACAGGUAGAAGGAUUUUAGGGAACGAGACAGAUCGACUUGCUUUGCUAGAGUUUAAGAAACAAAUUUAUGAUCCGUAUGAAGCACUAAUUUCUUGGAACGAUUCCAUCCAUUUCUGCAACUGGGUAGGGAUCACAUGUGGCCAUCGUCAUCAACAACGGGUUAUCAGCUUGGAUUUAGAUGGAAAGGAGUUGGGAGGAAUCAUAUCUCCUUCCAUAGGCAAUCUCACUUUUCUUCAUUACUUCUACAUCAGUAACAAUAGUUUCCAUGGCAAAAUCCCCCAAGAAAUUGGUAAGCUGAUUCGACUGCAAUUCAUUAGUUUUUUUAACAACACUCUCGAAGGAGAAAUACCAAAUUGUUUUGGGAAUAUUUCCUCCAUCCGAGUUAUCUCUUUGGGUGGAAAUGGACUGCAGGGGAGCAUUCCCAAAUCCCUUGGUCAGCUAACAAACUUGUACUAUCUUACACUUGAUGGAAACAACUUAUCUGGUAUGUUCCCUGUCUCACUAUACAAUCUCUCAUCUCUUGAAAUUAUUUCUCUUGGAAAAAACCAACUGCAAGGGAACAUUCCAGAGUCUCUUUGUCAGCUAACAAACUUGUACUAUCUUGACCUUGAUGGAAACAACCUAUCUGGUAUGGUCCCUGUCUCACUUUAUAAUCUCUCCUCUCUUAAAGUUAUUUCUCUCCACCAAAACAAGUUAUCUGGUAUGUUCCCAGCCGCAUUAUAUAAUCUCUCAUCUCUUGAAUAUUUGUCUCUUGGACAUAACCAAUUGCAUGGGAACCUUCCACGAGACAUAGGCCUCACUCUUCAUCCAAAUCUCAAAGUACUAUCAAUUGAAAGCAACCUUUUCUCAGGGAGGAUUCCAGAUUUAUUUUCUCUAGUGUCUGUUCCAUCAUUGAAGUAUGUAGAUUUGUCACAUAACCAAUUCAAUGACAUACUCGAUGGCUUCUCCCACAACACCUGUAGUGGAACUAAUCUUAAGUUUCUUGAUUUGUCCUAUAACAAAUUGAGUGGUAUGAUUCCCAAGUAUUUUGGUUGUUUGGUUGGCAAUCUAAGUGUCCUAAAUCUAGAGCAGAACAAUUUGAAUGGGCCCAUUCCUGAUGCUUACACCAAAGGAUGCAAACUACAGAUAUUCAAAGUCAAUGGGAAUCAAUUACGGGGGAAAUUAGCAAGAUCAUUGGAAAAUUGCAAGGACAUGGAGGUGUUAGAUGUUGGGAACAAUCAGUUGAGCGGAACCUUCCCCUUCUGGUUGGAAAGCCUACCCCAGUUGCGUGUUUUGAUUUUGCAAUCUAACAAAUUCUAUGGUCCCAUUACACAAAAAUCAAAGGCUGCUGAUUCUCAUUAUCCCUUCCCAAUGUUGCAUGUGUUUGAUGUCUCUCUGAACAGUUUUAUAGGAAAAUUGCCACUUGAAUAUAUUUGUCAGUGGCAAUCAAUGAUGGAUACAGAUAUACCUCAACUGGCUCAUUAUAUAAGUUGGCAAAAUACAAGUUUUCUUGGAAAUUUUACCUAUCAAGUUCCGCUCGAGAUUGCAAGCAAAGGAAUAAAUUUGGAGAUGGAGAAGAUCAUAGAAACAUUCACUAUCAUAAAUCUUUCUUACAACAAGUUUCAAGGAGAUAUUUCAGUCUCAAUUGGGGAACUUAAAGCACUCAUGGGGCUCAAUUUAUCUGCAAAUGACCUCAUAGGCCAAAUUCCAUCUUCACUUGCUCAAUUGAGCAGGCUUGAGUCCCUGGAUCUUUCCAGAAAUAGGUUAUCAGGGGAAAUCCCCCAACAAUUGGGAAGCCUCACAUUUCUUGAAGUUUUAAAUCUAUCUCAAAACCAUCUCAUAGGAAUGAUACCACAAGGCAACCAAUUUGAGACAUUCUCAAUUGCUUCAUAUGAAGGGAAUGAGGGAUUAUGUGGAUUUCCAUUACCAAAAAGAUGUGGAGUAUCAAAAAGAGCACUACCUCUCGCUUCGACACUUGAAAAACAAGAAGAAGAUUCAAUAAGUUUACUUGAUUGGAGAUUUGUGAUUGCAGGGUAUUGUUCUGGAGUGAUAAUUGGGGUGGUAAUUGGACAAACUAUGUUUUGGAAGAUCAUUGGAUGCUUCAAGUUGACAUCAAGAAUGGAAAAAUUCAAGCCAAAACAAAGGUCAAAGAAGAGCAAAAGGCAUGGGAGAGUAAAAUGA